AUGGCUAUUGGCCCACGCAUAACGGCACCAUACACCGGACCCUUCAAUCCCACGCGCUUUGUAACGUCCUGGAUCCUCCCACCAGCCGUCCUUUUCGGUAUACGCGCGCUAUUGGCGCUCUACGCCUUCACGACUCUAUUCACCAUCUUUGGAUGGAACGGGGCCCAUGGCAGGUCCGCCGAAUCCCAGCAUUCCUUCUCCUUCUUCACUGUCUUGACAUAUUGGGGGCUUGCGUUUUACUAUGCCUUCUCUGCUGCGCAUACUGGUAGCUACUGGCUUACUGGAGAACCCUUCUUGGCACGCUGGCCAAAGGCGCUUCAGAUUGCGCAUAGCAUGUUUUACUCCACCAUUGUAGUAUAUCCGUGGUUGGUCACCAUCGUGUACUGGGGACUUCUGGCGAGUCGUUUCCCUACAACCUUUGCCUUGUGGUCAAACACUUCCCAGCAUGCCCUCAACUCUGCAUAUGCCUUUUUUGAAAUACUAUUCCCCCGCACGGAGCGGCUGCCUUGGUUGAAUCUGAUUCCAGUCAUCCUCCUUUUGGCCCUCUAUCUUGGUCUGGCCUACCUCACACACGCAACUCAGGGAUUCUAUGUGUACCCCUUCCUCGAUCUUCAAACACACUCGUCUGGUGUCGUGGCAGGAUACAUUCUUGGUAUCUUGGUCGCCGCCAUUAUCAUCUUUCUCAUCGUCAGGUACCUCAUCGCGUUACGCGUAUGGGUCACCGAGACGAAGCUGGGCAAGAAGGGCAAGUUCUCCACACACACCAAGAACAGUACGGAAAUAGAUGGAUUUCCAUUGCAGAGCACACCAAAGUAA